AUGAAUUAUCAUCCGAGUGUGGCUCAGUUCUACAGUUUGAGCUUCGGGACGGACGAAAGCUUCACUGUUUCGAACCAACCACCACCACCACCACCGUCAGCACCAAGCGCACCCGUAAAGCAGGAAUUGCGCCAGAAGGUGACCCCGCUGGAUGCGAUGAUCGACAAAACGAACCAUCUCGGAUUCCGAGUCCUGCACCAGCACUCGAAGGGCAACAAGAAUAACAUUGCCUUUUCACCGUGCGCUCUCGCCAGCAUACUCGUCGCCCUGUAUGAAGGAUCCGCCGGGCGUAGCGCGGCCGAACUGCACGACCAGCUGGUGGUGCCGUACGACAAGGAUGUGCUGCGCGUUGGCUACCGGGAUAUCCAUCGGCGGUUGCGAAGUUACUUCUACCAGAAAGAAAACCUUCUUAAUGGACUCAGCUUGAGCAGCGAAAACAUCACGAUCAGACCCGAGUACGAAUCGGUACUCAAAUUUUACGGCUACGAUCUGGAGAGCAUUCCGGAAAUGCGUAUGCAAGGUACAACUCUGCCGCCGCCACUCCCAUCGACCACGCCCGAAAUGGAAGCGGAGUCCACGACCAACAGCGAAGCUACGACCGAUGACGUUAGCAACUCAACGGAACCGAUGGAAACGACCUCUCUUGAAGGGGUCGGUACGGUUUCAGAAGAACCGACAACGGUGCCGGCUGUUGGCGGCGGUGAGGAAAGUUCUACGGAAGGCUUGGAAGGGUCAGGGGGUAGUACGGCAUCCGAUGCGACACCGACUGAAGAGACGGUCGUUCCGGACACGGAAACGGUGACGGAAGAAGCACCAGCCGAACCAACGCCCGGACCGGAAGAAGCACCCGAGGAGGGUGGAGAAAAGCGACGGCGAAAUCUACGGAAACGUGGCAACCGGCUUCUUCGCCGGCAGCAGUCCGAUUCGCCACACCGACGCCGUUCGUUGCGUAUGAAGCGCCAGCCAGAAGAAAUCGACAUCGUGAGCCACCAGCGGUUUCUGCAAAAUUUCCUCUUCCAGGACCUCGUCCCAACCGGUGCGCCGCCGCUGCACGCAACAGAAACGAUGCUCCCUGCAGCGGGGGGUUCCGAGCGGGUGAACCCGUUUCGGCAGCCCCAAACCGAACCCGAAGAGUAUCGCUUGCUGGAUGAUACGAUCGAGCACAAUUUUUAUCUCACCGAAACGGAGAUCGUUCGGGUGCCGUACAAGGUGUACAACACAAUCCUAAAGUACGCGUACAUCGAGGAGCUACAUUCGACCGUCAUCGAGCUCGAGCUGGACUCCGAGGACUACAAGCUGCUGCUCAUCCUGCCCGACUACGAGUAUGGGCUGGGCAAUGUGCUCAAACUGUUGCAGGUUGGCGAAAACGGCGUACCGAAUCUGCGCGACAUUACGGACCAGAUGAACCCAACAUGGGUUAAAACGAUCGUACCGAAGUUUAACCUCAAAGGCAGCAUCGUCCUAACGAGUGACCUGCAAAAUCUCGGCAUCAAUGACAUCUUUGAACCAGCGCGGGCCGACUUCACGCUCAUGACGGAAGAUCCAACGAUCUAUGCCAAGCACAUCGAACAGUCGAUCAACGUUAACAUCCGCACGCACUCGCUGCAGCAACUAAAACGUUUUACGUCGCUGUACAAAAAUCCGGUCGAGCUCGCCGUAAACUAUCCAUUUUUGUUCUGCAUCUUGGACAACGAGCUCGAUCUGGCGCUGAUGGUAGGCCGAAUACUGAAUCCGCUUAACUCGCGUAUUCAUUAA